AUGCCGAUUAAAGCAAGUUCAUCGGAAUUAGUUGUUGUUCAGCCACCCACUUCCACAACCGCAUCGACAGGAACAGGACCUGACGACAAUGAAGUCGCAGCGUGGGGAAGACAUGAAGAAUUUGGCGAUGGGUUGCGACAAAAACUUUUACAAGAAAUCGCUUCAAUGCAGCCAUACUCGGAACUAAAACUCAAGGAAUACAGAGUCUUGCUGAUCGGCCCAGUCGGCGCUGGAAAGUCUAGCUUUGUAAACACCGUGUGCUCCGCAUUUAAGAGCAGAAUUGUUCAGAGAGCGGGUUGCGGAAAAGAACGACAUAGCUUUACGAAAUCUUACCAAGCAUACAAUGUGAAGACAAAAAAGAAUGCAUCUCUCCAUUUCCGCCUUUGUGACACUCGCGGUCUGGAGCCAGAUCUUGGAAUCAACAUGAAAGAGUUCGACUACAUUGUGAACGGUCACAUGCCCGAGAAAUACGAGUUCAAUGCGGAGACAUCCAUUGCACUGGAAGAUAAAGCGUUCGUUCUGAAACCAUCGUUAGCAGAGAAGGUACAUUGUGUCGUUUUUGUUAUUGAUGCUUCAACUUUGGAUAAACUCGACCUAGGUGUGAUGGAAACAAUGAGGGAGUUCGUCAGAAUUACCGCACGUGGAAACACAAAACAGGCAUUGCUUCUUACCAAGAUCGAUAUUGCCGAUAACAACGUGAAGGAAAAUCCUCAACGUGCUUUACAUAGUCGAACGAUACAAGAGGUCGUGGAGAAGGCUUCGACAAAAUUUGGCCUUCCGAAGUACAGCAUUCUGCCUGUAAAGAAUUAUGAGGAGGAAACGGAGGUACGAGAAGAAGUGGAUAUUUUGGCUCUUCUUGCUUUACAGAAAAUAUUGCACUUCGCUGAGGAUUAUAUGGAUGGCAUUCGGGACAUUUGCUCGGAAAGUUUGGUGUGCUCCGAUAGCGACGAGUCUGAGGCUGAAGCAGCUUCGGAUUUCGCCUAAUUCAAACCGAAGACAUUCUAAACAUAUAUAUACACAUAAUCGCAUACAUGUAUUGCUUUGACUCUUAACAAAGAGACAUUAUGUCAAUAUAGCAUUGAAGUACUUUAAACAGGUCAUUAGGUCUUGGACUGUCCAUUUAGUGUCCAUCCGUGUUGUCUUUAACACAAACUGUCAUUUAUUAGACUGACCUUCGUUGUAAACUAUCCUUAUGUAAUUUAAUAAUGUAUGUCACAUACCUAUUUUUAUAUAUCAUAUUUUAAAAUUGCAUAUACUUACUCGACAGUUACAUUUUAUAUUGCUGACGGGAAAAAUGUAUGUCGUUUCUGAUCCAUCCUUCUUCGACUGUGCAGCAUUUAAGGUAUUCUUUAUAAAUAAUUUAAUAUUUGAACUUAAUUGAAACGAUAAAAACGUUAUCUGUGAUGAGUUGCAACAAUUUUUAUUUACUUUAUCCUUUCAUUGUGUGAAAAUAAUAUUUAAAUAUUAUGCAAAGCUUAAAUGAAAAUAUGCCGUAUUGCUGAAAUGUAUAAAUAAAGAUUGUAUAUUGAAAUUGUUCAUUGUCAGUGGACUGUUAACAUGCAUUUUCUCAAUAUUUGAACUAGAACUAUUGUUUUGUCUUGUUAAACAGUAAUCGAAUCAUGCGUAUUAUAAAAACAGCGAUGCGGAAGGUGUAUUUUAGGUAACAAUAUGUCCCUUUGCAUGCUCACCAAAUAUAUUAUUUUGGAAUAUUCAAAAAUGUGUAAAACAGAACAUUAAAC